AUGUGGUUGAAAUUAAUUAUUUUAGCCGCUUUUAAUUUAUGGUUAGUGACAAGUUCUGUUUUGGAUAAUGAAGUGAAAGUUGUUGAAAAGUACGAACCAAAUUGGGAGAGUUUGGACAGUCGACCUUUGCCUGAAUGGUUCGAUAAUGCCAAAAUUGGAAUAUUUUUGCAUUGGGGUGUAUAUUCGGUACCCAGUAUGGGUACUGAAUGGUUUUGGUGGUGGUGGCAAGGAGGAAACGUACCAGAAUAUGUAGAAUACAUGAAAAAAAAUUACCCGCCUGGAUUCACAUACCAAGAUUUUGGCAAAGAAUUUAAAACCGAACUUUUUGAUCCAAACUAUUGGGCUGAUGUAUUUAGAGCAUCGGGAGCUAAAUACGUAGUCCUAACCAGUAAACAUCACGACGGUUAUUCUUUGUGGCCUUCUAAAUAUUCCUUCAGCUGGAAUUCACAAGAUUUAGGAGCACACAGAGACUUAGUUGGUGAAUUAGCAGAAGCGAUCCGUAACAAAACGGAUCUAAAAUUUGGUCUUUACUACUCAUUGUUUGAAUGGUUCAAUCGACUCUAUAGAGACGAUCAAGCCACUAAUUUCACAAGCAAAAAUUACGUAAACACAAAAAGUUUACCGCAACUUCAUGAGUUGAUAAAUACAUAUAAACCAUCGGUUUUAUGGUCAGAUGGUGAGGCCGAUGCUUCAGAAUACUAUUGGAAUAGUUUGGAGUUUUUGGCUUGGCUUUAUAAUGAAAGCCCAGUUAAAGAUGAGAUUGUAACCAACGAUAGAUGGGGAACUGACACUCAUUGCAAGCAUGGUGGUUUCUUCUCAUGUAGUGACAGAUACAAUCCAGGUACAUUGCAGCCUCACAAAUGGGAAAAUGCAAUGACUAUUGACAAAGCAUCCUGGGGAUACAGAAGAGAUGCCAAAUUAUCAGACUAUAUGACUCAAAAAGAACUGCUGAAGCAAUUGAUCCAAACCAUCAGUUGUGGUGGAAACAUUUUGAUAAAUGUAGGACCAACCAAAGAAGGAACAAUCGAUGUAAUCUUUGAGGAGCGCCUACGAAAUUUAGGUGCAUGGUUGCAAAUUAAUGGAAAAGCGAUUUACAAAUCACAGCCUUGGUUGCACCAAAAUGACACUUUGACUAAUGAUGUUUGGUAUACAACAACUAAAGAAGAAAACUGCAAUACAGUAUUUGCUCUGUUCUAUGACUGGCCAGCUGACGACAAAUUAGAACUGGGCGCUUUGGUAAAAUACAUAGAAAGCUCGGGAUCGGUAACCAUGCUCGGCAAUGACAAUAAAUUGACGUGGGCCAAAACCGAUAAAAGUGUGAAGAUAACUCUACCUGCAAAAAUACCAUCUACAGACGCAUGGGUUUUAGAAAUUAAAUUAAAAUAA